AUGAAUGCAAAAAGCAACAAAAGAAAACAGGAUUCAUCUAGUAGCAACCCUCCGUCAUUUUCAGCGUUCAUGAAGCAGAAGGAAACUGAAAGGCAAGCUCAUUUUAAGCCAAAUAAGAAAAAGGCCCGGCAGGGGGAGACGAAAGGAAAAGACGAAGUGAUCGUUAACAUUGGUUUGAUGGAAUAUGACUAUGGUGAGCUAAAAAUCCAGCGCGGUAAGUCGUUUCCUGUGAAGUUGUCGAAAGACAUGGGUUAUGAUGAGGUAAGAGAAAAGGUGUUAAAGAAGUGGGAGGAUUACGACAGGACGUUUUCAAGAGAUCGUGGUUAUGUCCUUGCAUUUCAAGAUGGGAAAUUGGCAAGAAAGAUACCUGGCAGCUCAGACGAAUUUUUGCUGAGAAAAUACAAAGAAGGUCUUGGCAAGAGCUAUAGCAGAAUAUAUCUCUACCUUUGUCCUGUGUCAGAAAAAAGACCAGAAAAUGACACCAUGAACCCAAUAACAAAUUGGUUGACUGAGGAAGAAGAAGAGAUUGAGAGGGUGUUACAUGAUUCUGAGGACAGUUAUGUGGAUGAUUGCACUACCACCACCUUGUUGCAGGAGCCUCAACAUAGUACCUCUGCUGAAAAAUCUGCUGGACUUGUAUCUUCCAAUGACCAAUCAGAUAUUAUUCAGAUUUAUGAGGUUGCUGACUUUUUACCUGUUGGUUUGGAUGAGAACAGUGCUGUCCAACAGGCAAUAAAUGCUAGUAUUCUUGAACUUGGACAUGAUGAGGAAGAAACAGUGGCAUGUGAAAACCCAAAUGGCCUUGAAGAUGAGAGUGUUGUCUUGCUGAUCAAGGAACAUGCUACAAAGAUGGUUCAAGGCGAUACACGAAGUAUUGUGGUUAGCAGACUAAGCAUCUGGGAGACAGCAAACCCCUAUUUCAUACGAAAAAGUUUCCUGAAAAGAAGUGGUAUGUUGCAAGUAACCUUUGCAACAUUUGAAGGCCAGGAAGACGCAGUUGACCAUGGUGGUCCUCGUCGUGAAUUUUCCCACUUACUACUUGGAGCAAUGUCAAAAGAAAGUGGCACAUUGUUCAAUACUUCAGAAGGGCAUGUUAUUAGGCCCAGUUUCAAAGCUCUGCAAAGUGAUGCAUUUUCAGUGGUGGGGAGAAUGCUGGCAACAAUGAUUGUUCAGGGAGGAGAGCUACCACGUAUUUUUAGCCCCAGUUUAUGCCAAUACAUUCAGGGUGGAUUCGACAAUGCCUCUCCGAACAUUGAUGAGGUACCAGAUGCAACUGUACAAAAGUCUUUAAAACAGUUACAAGAGGCAAAAACCCAACUGGAUGUCAACAACUGUUGGAAUGCAUGCGAGUGGAAACUAGAUAUUGAUGGGCUGCCUUUGAAUGUUAACCUCAAUGAAAUACCAACAUUGGUUAAUGAAAUCACCAAGUACUUUGUGAUCAUCAGAUGUAAAUCCAUGCUGGAUCAAUUUAUCCAAGGCCUUUCAUAUUAUGGGGUAUUAGAUUUUGUCAGAAACCACAAAGGGAUGGCUCAUCAUCUAUUUUCUUGCAUGAAACAUGGCAAUGUGAAUGUUCAACAGGUGAUCAAAACAUUGAAACCAGCAUUUUCACCCCAAGGAAACCAGCGACGAAUUAAAGAAGAAAUAGUGAUGACAAAAUUCAUUGCCUUUUUAAAAUCAAUUGAAGAUGGUACUUUGCAAGAGUGCUUAGAAGACAGUGAUAUAAAAUUAACAGAACAAGAGAAAAGUUUCAUUCCUCUGUUAACACCAGGUCACAUGCUACUCUUUGUGACAGGGGCAGCCAACACACCAUCUAUUGGUUUUGAUCCAAAACCAAUGAUAAGUUUUGUACAUGAUGAGGGAAAGACCAUUCCAAGUGCACAAACAUGCUCAAAUGUACUAUAUUUAUAUGUGAAUGGUAAAACAACUAAUGGUAACUUAUUUCACGACCUCCUUACAGCAUUAAUGAAUGGAGGUAUUUUCAGCAAAUUGUAAAAUUUAUAGUAGAAAGAAAAGUUUAUACCAUGUUAUAAGAUUUUUUGAGUUUUUGCAGCGCAGCCAUUGUAAUUUUUAAUUGCUUUCAAUUCACACCACAAGGGCAAGUUCAAGC